AUGGACGCUAAUGCAUCCCUACUUGCACCCGCUGACCCCGGCACAGCGAGAGAGACAGCGCCCACAGACCGCCCUCCGCAGCCCACUAGUCAACUGCACGAGGUGAAGCUGGAUGCCGCGGACGAGAAGACCUCGCUCCACGAGGAGCUCAAUCUGAACGACGAUGGCCCAGAAGGACUCCGGCCCACCGAGAGGACCGACGCCCGCAGAGACCGCCCUCCGCGCCACAGCGACCCACUCUACCGGGCAGAUCAAGUUGACCAGGACGAGAAGGUCACACCGCACCAUGCAGUGACUGUGACCGACGGUGCGGAAAGUUCGGGCAGCGGCGAGGACGGCCAGCUUCUGGUGGCGGGAAGCUACUCGCUCCGCGCCGGCCAGAGCUACGCGAGCCGGGACGGAGGAGAAGGCGGACACCGGGACGACGAUGAUCUCGAGCAGCACCCUGAAAGCAACGGCGAGGACGGCGAGGACGGCGAGGCCCUGCAGCAGCAACCCGAGGAUGGCGGCCAGGAGUCUGCUGGCGAGGCGGAGGCGGCCGGGGACAGCAGCGGUUCAGAGCAGCCGAAGGACCAAGUGCAGCGGAAGCGGAGGAACCGAUUGCCAACAGGGCGUGUUCACGGCGGACAAGGGUCGUACAAGUGUAAUGAGUGCCAAAGGUGUUUUAAAAGGAAAAAUGAUCUUGCUAAGCACGUCAAGACGCACACUGGUAAGAGAUCAUAUGAAUGUGACAUUUGUCACAAGCGGUAUAGUAGUCAAGGUAAUCUUGUGACGCACGUCAGAACCCACACUGGUGAAAAACCAUAUGAAUGUGACUUUUGUAAUAAGCAUUUUGCCCAGAAAGGUGAUCUUGCUAAGCACGUCAGGACCCACAGUGGUGAAAAACCAUUUGAAUGUGGCACUUGUCAUAAGCGUUUCAGCCGGAAAUAUAUUCUUGAUAUUCACAUCAAAACUCACACUGGCGAGAGACCAUAUGAAUGUGUCAUUUGUCACAAGCGGUUUAUAAAUUAAAGUAAUC